GUUAUGGAUGAGUUUGGGUGUGUUUUGUGUGGAUACGGGUGAGUUGUGUCUGCGUUUGUGGGUAUUUUUGGGUAUUUUAGGUCAGUCUGGGUGUGUUUUGGGGUGUUUUAAGUGUGUUUUGGGCCGUUUUCAGCGUUUUGGGAUGUUUUAAGUGUGUUUUGGGAUGUUAUGGAUGAGUUUGAGUGUGUUUUGGGUUGGUACGGUGUGUUUUGGAUGCGUUUUAAGUCAAUUUGGGUGAGUUUUGGAGUAUUUUAAGUGUGUUUGGGGAUAUUUUGGUGCUUUUUCGAUGUGUUUAGGUUGUGUUUUUGUGCGUUUAGGAAUGUUCUGGGUAUGUUUAAGGUGUUUUAAGGUGUUUUAGUGUGAUUGGACUUGCUUUUGAGGUGUUUUAGUUAUGUUAUAGGCAUGUUGCAGGUAAGAAUGGGGUCUUUGAGGGUAGAAGUGGUGUGCUUGAGGUAAAAUAAAAGAUUCUGGAGUGUUUUUGAGAGAGGCUCUGAUAGUAGAAGCGUGUCAGGGGUGUUAUAGCGCGUGUUGUGAUAUAUGAAACUACUAGAUGCAAGUGUGUGACCACCACCACCAUCACCACCACCACCAGCACAGUGGAAAAAAGAGCAAUGGCAACCCUCCGAUCCGGCAAGCAGGUUGGCGGCAGCAAUGGCGGUGGCAGCGGCAGCAGUGGUGAGGUGGACGGCAGGGACAGAGGGGCAGUACAGGCUGCGGACAUCAAAGAGAAGAGGAACGCGCGGACAAGCAAGGUGGUAUUCGGUAGUCUGAUCCUGGACCUGCUCGGCUUCACGGUGGUGGUGCCUCUGUCUCCUGCUCUCCUCGACUGUUACUCCAAGCACGACUCCAGCGGCUUGUAUUCCUCUCUGCUCUCCUGUGUUACUUAUUACCAGCAUAUCAUCAGCGUUCCUGCGAGGUUCCACUCUGUCUUGUUUUGGUGCCUGGAGUUAACGCUGAUCUUCGCGACCCACCACAAGCAUAGUUACGACUCGUUGGCGCAGGACCGCAAGUUUUCCUUCCUGGGCCUGGUCAUGGCAAUUACACAGAGAGGGUUUAUGCGAAGUGUUAAGACUGGAACUGAAAAAGCAACUGCCAAUUAGGCACACACCUACAUUGUGAUGCAGCUCCUUGGAGGUGGAGAGCUGGCUGCCUCAGAGGAUCAGGAAACACGAGAGGUUCACAGAGGCUCGCCUCGGGCUUCGGUCGUCGUGAGGAACCUGGUGUCAGCAGUUCACUACGUGCACAGGAAAAGCAUCAGUGUUCACGGAGACCUAAAGCCAGACAGGGGUGAAAAGGGUUGGUGUUGAGGAUAGACAGAAAAGAAAAGAAAGGAAAGGUAAAAAAAGGAAGUUUUUUUGCAUUGAUUUUCCAUCUGCUUAUUUUAAAGAAUUUAUUGCAUGGAAUAUUAUUGAUCUCCAUCAUUUGUAUGGCCUUUAUAAUAAAAAGUAUGAAU